GCUACACAACAAAGCAUCGUUCCAAACAAUAGAUAAUAGAAUGUUUGUACCAGUUUUCAACUCUAGUAAAUUUUCUCUUUCGGACUAUUGUGGGCGUCGUCGAUUUAUUUUGUUGUGUGGUUGCGUGUAUAGGUUUUUGGGUGCUUAGAGAAUGGGAAGACGUCCUGCAAGGUGUUAUCGUUAUAUUAAAAACAAACCUUAUCCCAAGUCUCGUUUCUGUCGUGGUGUUCCAGACCCCAAAAUUCGAAUAUACGACUUGGGUAAGAAAAAAGCAGCGGUUGAGGAAUUCCCUCUCUGCGUGCAUCUAGUUUCCGAUGAAAAUCAGCAGAUAUCUUCGGAAGCCCUGGAAGCUGCCCGAGUGGCUUGCAACAAGUACUUGACAAAGCAUGGCAUGGAACAGGAUACUUUCCACAUAAGCAUGUUGGAGCACGAUCCUUUCCAUGUCAUUCGCAUUAACAAAAUGUUGUCGUGUGCCGGAGCUGACAGGUUACAAACUGGUAUGCGUGGUGCGUUUGGAAAGCCCCAAGGAACUGUAGCCCGUGUUUACAUUGGUCAGAUUCUCAUCAGCGUAAGGGCAAAGGACCAGCACGAAGCAGUUAUUAGGGAAGCUCUUAAUCGUGCCAGGUACAAGUUCCCCGGAAGACAAAAGAUUAUGGUUUCAAGGAACUGGGGAUUCACACAUUUUACUCGCGAAGAAUAUCAAAGGCUUCGUGAUGAAGGGAAACUUAUUUACUCUGGUUCUCAUUGUCAGUUGAUUCGAAACCGUGGUUCUUUAGAAAUUGCUGCAUAAUAAACACAAUAUGAAACUCUUGUUUGUUGACUAGAGAGGAGGACUCUUUCAAAUUUCAA